CAUAGAACUGUUCCCUAUGUCCUUAGCGCGCCCGAACCUCCAUUCUCCCCUCCCCACGACCCUUAGGAUUCCUCGCUUCACCGCCUUGGGACCAGGAAAUUGAAAUAUCUCGUCUGGGGUGGUGGGAAGACGGUGGCUCGGGUGGGACCGACACCAGGGAUGGCGGAGCGGGAGGAUGGAGCAAGUGUCCGGGCUGCUUUCCUGGGCGCUGAGCAGAGUCCUGUGGCUCUCGGGCCGCUCUGAGCGGGGAGCUGCCCGGCAGCCCCGGAUCAUGGAAGAGAAAGCGCUAGAGGUUUACGAUUUAAUUCGAACCAUCCGGGACCCAGAGAAGCCUAAUACUUUAGAAGAACUGGAAGUGGUAACAGAAAGUUGUGUGGAAGUUAAGGAGAUACAUGAAGAAGAUUAUCUGGUUAUUAUCAGGUUCACACCCACAGUACCUCAUUGCUCUCUGGCCACUCUUAUUGGGCUUUGCUUACGAGUAAAACUUCAGAGGUGUUUACCUUUCAAACAUAAGUUGGAAAUCUACAUUUCUGAAGGAACCCAUUCCACGGAAGAAGAUAUAAAUAAACAAAUCAAUGACAAGGAGAGAGUAGCAGCUGCCAUGGAGAACCCCAACUUACGGGAAAUUGUCGAACAGUGCGUCAUUGAGCCUGAUUAGCAGCUUUAGCCACCAAAUUGUAAUCAUUUGAUGCAUUUGUUUAACUCUUUGUUAAAUAGAAUGCCCUUUUGUUUAUUACUUGGACAAUUUGUACCUCCAAUCACCUUUUAAAAGACCAUUUCCCAAGCAAGACUUAAUUAUAAGGUAGUACCUAUUGUGUUAAUGUAUGUAACAUUCUCAGGUUUUAUCACAGUUGGUGAUCGUACAGAAGAAUAUUUUCUAGUUACCGUGGAUAAGACCGGUGACUACUUUUCAGAUGCCCAUUCUGACACCAGAAUUCUGUCCUUUGGCAGAUCAACUAUCCCUACUGUACACAGACAAAUCAGGCUUCAAUCAUUACUCUGUAAAAAUAGAAAUAAAACGCAGAUGAUUCUUAUAAUAAAACUGCCCUGUCAUUUCAA